CCCUUGAGCUCUCCCAAAACCAAGAACACAUUCACAUCCAUUCAUCAUAAUUAUAUAAUAAUAAUUGACGGUGAGAUUAACAGCUGAUUAACCGAUGGACAGAGCGGAAGAUCUACUGAAUAGCGGGAACAGCCUGCAACUGCGGAGGGACAACGAGAGCCAGGCCGGGAACCAGGCCCGGCGAGAAGAGAAUGCCGACCAAUCCAAGCCCAACGUAGAUGGGGUUCCCAUGAAGAGCAGUCCAUAUGUGAAGUACUCCAAUCUGGAGGACUACAAGGGCCAAGGCUAUGGCACCACCGGCCACCUCCCCGUCAACCCCAACCAGACUCCCGGCGCCACCGAUGCACCUACGCCCUCCGGCGCCGGCGCAACCCCCACUCUAGCCGGUGAGGGCGGCCAAUCGUCCUAAUUAAUUAUCCUCUUCCCUUGCUUCCAUUCAUGUCCAUGCUACAUUAUUGCAUUUGUUCGCAUUUUUCUUGAUGAUAAGCUAUGUGCCUAUGUCUAAAACGUUACGUUUCUUUUUUUUUGUGCCGAUGAUUUUUGUCUUAGGUUGUUAAUUGUUUAAUCCACUUAUUCAUGUAUCUAUUUAUGUAUUAUCAGAAGCUUGACAUUUUUUUUAUAAUCAAAGUUCAUUCUCAUGUAACAAAUGAAUUAAAUUAAUGCAU